AUGACAUUGGAUUAUUCAAAGAAAGGGAAGUUGAAAAUUCGGAUGGACGAUUAUGUCCAAAGAAUGCUUGACAAAUUUUCUGUUAAGUUUAAGGAAGACGAAAAACAGGAAACACCUGCUGGCAAUAAUUUGCUGGAGGUAGGGAAAGGGAAACUUUUGGACAAGGAUCAACAGACUGAGUUUCAUAGGAUUGUUGCGAAACAUUUGUUUUUGACUAAACGUGCGCGUCUGGAUAUGCAUCCGACGGUGGCAAUUUUGGCGUCACGAGUUCAAAACCCAAAUCAGAGUGAUUGGCAUAAACUCGUAAGACUUAUGAGAUACAUGCACUCAACCAAGAAAUGGCAUCUCACGCUGAGCGCUGACAACCUUCGUGUAAUGAAGUGGUUUGUCGAUGCGUCUUUUGCGGUUCACCCUGACUUCAAGAGUCACACAGGAGGAGUGAUGACCAUGGGUGGUGGAGCUAUGCAGGCUAUGUCAAAGAAAUAG